AGUAAAGGUCCGCUACCGAGGUCAUCCAUCCGGGGCUAUCUCUUGCUUGUCUUAUGACAUGUGGAUCAACUUGAUGUUCCUGUUAUAUCCAACUCUGCUCUCUCGAAACAGUAAUAGGGGCUGAUUGCGGCAGAGAAGGUUUUAUUUUUCACUUAUUUGACACCAAACCACAUCCAAAAGAAGGCAGCAAUGACAUCCAAAGACAAAGAGAUCGAGACAACAACAACAACAGCCAACAUCAAAGAGAAAGAAGAUGGCGAUUCCCGCGGCAGUUCUCCUGAGAGCGAUACCACUGCCAGGCCUGAUCUACUAAAUGCGCUCAACCAUCUGAGAGAAAUCCCAGAUGUAUUGCAAGAAGGCAUUCUUUUCGCCGGUAGCGGGCCCGCCAUCCUUCUACAGGCGUCUGUUCCUAACAUCUUGAAGGAGCCGCAAGGGGGCGACCGUCUUGCGAUCCAAUUACUGGAGAGCGUCCAGACGAUAAUAAGCUACAUAUGCUGUCUAGCGCUGGGGACGAAAAAGGAGAAGAAGGCGUUGCUAAACCUGUUGGAUCAUGAAGAAUACCCUCUGAAAGAAAACGACCAUUAUUCACAAAACCCAGCUGUCCGCCUCUGGGUAGUUGCUACACUCUACGCAACCGCGACCGAUAUCUAUCAGAGAGUUUACGGGAAGAUGGACUAUCGCACUGCGAAACGAGCGUAUACAGAAUAUUCUCUCAUCGUCUCCGCCCUCAAGGUUCCCGACGACGUGUGGCCACAAAAUCGAGAAGAGUUCUGGCAAUACUGGGAUACGAUGAUCGAAGAUAUCGAUAGUUCAGCGCUCCCCAAAAAUCUCGAUAAGGAGCUACUGCACAAUUUCAAAAAGGUGCCCGGUUGGGUCCGACCUUUCAAGCCUAUUCUACAUGCCUUUACGAAAGAGAUGCUUCCACCACAUAUCCGAGAAGGCUACGGUCUCAAGUCGACAGCGAGUUGCAGAGCUAUUUACCGGUUUGGACUGUGGGCUACGAUCGCCAUCUAUCCAGCUUUUCCCAAGAAACUUCGUUCUUAUCCCCAGCGAUACUAUCAACGGAAACUGGAAGAGAAACUCAAUUGAAGAAGGCCACUCGCUCCACGCUGCGAAAACGAUCUCUUUUGUGCACUCGUUAUAUUGCAUCACAUUGGUCCCUUUCUUUUGUUAUGUUUGUUUAUACCAUACCUCAGGAGUUACCACGUAGUGUUGGUGUUGUUAAUUUUCAUAGGGCACAUCUUAAGACGAGUCAGUCCAGUUUCUUGGCUGGAAGAAAACAAAAUUCAAGCGACUAGGGAACGAUACUA